AGCAGCCGCGGGACCAUGGCCCAGCUCCGGGAGCCGCGUCCCGCCGCGCCGCUGGAUCGGGAGCUGAUGGCGCUCGGGUGGUACCAUGACAACCUCACCCGGCACGCAGCGGAAGCGCUGCUGCUCUCCAACGGGCAGGACGGGAGCUAUCUUUUGAGGAAGAGUAAUGAAAGGGAAGAUUUGUACUCCCUCUCUGUAAGGGGAAAAGAUUCUGUGAAACACUUCCAUGUAGAGCACACAGGAACUUCAUUCAAGUUUGGAUUUAAUGAAUUUUCUAGCUUGAAGGAAUUGGUCAUGCAUUUUGCAAACCAGCCUUUAAUUGGAAGUGAAACAGGAACUUUAAUUGUAUUGAAGCAUCCCUACCCACGGCAAGUGGAGGAGCCUUCCAUUUAUGAGUCUGUCCGAGUGCACACUGCAAUGCAGACGGGAAGGACAGAAAGUGACCUUGUCCCAAAUGCUCCCUCACUUGGUACCAAAGAAGGAUAUUUGGUAAAACAAGGCAAAAUAGUCAAGAGCUGGAAAACAAGGUGGUUUACACUGCAUAGGAAUGAACUGAAGUACUUCAAAGACCAGACAGCUACGGAACCAAUUCGAGCACUUGACUUAACUGAAUGCUCAGCUGUGCAAUUUGACUAUUCCCAGGAAAGAGUCAAUUGUUUCUGUUUAGUGUUCCCACUAAGGACAUACUACCUGUGUGCCAAAACUGGGAUAGAAGCUGACGAGUGGAUUAAAAUCCUGCGGUGGAAACUGUCACAGAUACGGAAGCAGCUGGAGGAGCGCGGUGCCGCCCUCAGCUCCUAGCUGUGUGCCAGCGCUCCCGCUCCACUGGCAGCAGCUGCCUCUCUCCACGGGGAAGGCAUUCCUUACCAGAGGGCAGCCUCACGUCUCCAGCGCUGUCUGUGCCCCUUCACAGAGGCCACCCAGCUCUGCACACACGGGAUCCUGCGGCUCUGGGUGCUCUGCGGCUGCCGAGUUGUGCAGGGCACGGCUGCAGAACCAGAGUGUGGGUUUGAUAUGUGUGGCGUAUGCCUGCAACGCACUGAAUUCAAACACUGCCACCUAAUCACAGAAGUGGUCACUGUUCAAAACUUUUGGGGUUAUUCAGAGCACUCAUUAAUUUAUUGCAAGCUGCAUCACAAGUAAGCAUCAGUAUCAUGUUCUGUAACCUUGAACCUUUUAUUUAAAACAGGUCCUUUCUGGAAACAUUAAAUAUCUUUUUAUUACCUGUUUAGGCUUUAAACCUGAAGAAAAAUGACAGAAUUACAUUUUGUAAAUAGCAUCUAUAUUGUAAUCCAGAGAGUAGUAUUUCAAGGCCCUUUUCAAAGUGACAGAUGUCCGACACCUAGUUCAGGUCAAACAAAUUUUAAUAUGGUUUAGCUUUAUACCACAGGGAUGACUACAAGGGAAUGUUUGUUUCAAUCAGCACCUGUAGGUAAUGGUGAGCAGCACCAUGUAAGCACACUUGUAUACAAACCAUGGUUUUGAGAAACAGUAGCUGCUUCCUGGCACUCAUAGGACACACAUUUAACAGCGUUGUGGCUCACUAGAGAGACAAGUGGAACCCCAUGAUGUUGGUGCUGUACUCUAAAUAGGUGUUAUAUUUUGGAAGCAGUUUGACGCACUGGAGAGGCUCAAGACCAGACUGACCCAGCUGCAAGAUCCCCUGAGCAAUUCUGUGCCUCCUCGAGGGCUGGGAAAAGAGGGGGGACCCUCUCUCCCGGCAUAACAAUCAAAUUUAUGCUGAAACAGCACCUGCCAACCUCUCCUGCUAUGCCACACUGCAGUCUGUGUUUGGUAUUGCUCAUGCAGAAGGGGUUUGCCUUUGCUGGGAGAAGAGUGCAGAAGAGGAAGGCAAAAGCACAUUGGAAGAAGAAAAUCUAGAUUUGGACAUAUAAAUAGCAUUUUAUUUCAACUUAGAAAUUAAAAGUAUUUGUAAAUAUUUUUAUAUAGACUGUUUUCUGAAUAAAAUGUCAUUAUAAAACUACCACAGGUCCUUUAUAUUCCUGUACUGUAUUGUUAAAGCUUUGUGCUCCUUUUUCCCUUAAUGAAGCUUUAAGAAACUGGCAUCUCCCAUUUAGUUAAAAACCUUUGCUGAGUUUCUGUGAGAGAGAGGCAGCAUAAGGGGAAGAGAGAGAUGAUACUCUCUAGCACAUCACUGUCCUGUGAACAUGGCUUGGAAAUGGAGCUUGUGGGGAAACCACAAACAUAGCCUUCCCUUUUUCACAGCAGCAGGCUGCUUCACAAAACACUGGAAACAAGCUCAGCACAUGGUGUCACAAACUGAAGCCAGUGAAAGAAAUGGCACUUGGGUGGCCCUGGGAGCCGUCACAGACAGAUGGGCUGAGCAGAAGCAAACAGCAAGGGGAGGCCUUUGCUGGAGCACAAACACAUUUUGCCAGAAACACACACACCUUCCAGCUGCUUCUGUAAGACCGGCAACCAAAGUCCCAUUCCAGCUUAUUUCAAAUGGAAAAUGGUUGACUGACAAUCUUUUUGAGCCAGGAACUCGCAGCUGUCAUUUCCAGCACCACUGUUCCCCCACCCUGCCUGCUGCACCACAGGUUGAUGAGGUGUGAACACGGGGCCACGGCGUGCCCGGGCUCAGAGCUGCCCAGAGCUGCCCCCCAGGCCGGCAGUGCUUGGCAGGUGUCAUAAGGGGACGUGCGAGGGAGCAAGAGGGGGGCUAAGAGCCCAGGCUUGACCCCCAGCAACAGAUCUCUGCACUGCCCUGGGACUUGGUA